AUGGAAGGCUUGAAGCUUAUCGCCCAGUCGACGUUCGACAGGCAUCAGAAGUUCCGGAGUGGCGCUGAUGAUUCCCAGCGCUACAACGUCAUCGAGAUCGGCGCUUUUGAAUCACCAAAUGCGCACUCCCCCACCACGGGCACAGCAUCAAACCGACAGUCUAUCGGGAGCACACCCAACGCCCACUCUGUUUCCGAUGGCAGUACAGGCAAAUCACAAGAUGAUGCAUCCAAGGCGUCUGCGAGCGACGCCGGUGGGAAUCGCACCACCUUUAAUGAAUGGACGGUGCAUGAGGAGGACUUGGUUGCGUUUAUGAAGAUGAGGCCUGUCGAAUCUGUUGUGGUGAGCCCGAAGCGAUCUGCAUCACAGCUACAACAGGCAGAUGCAAAGAUACCAAAGGCGCAGGUUCAGGCAACAGAUAGCGGGACGGCCAGCACCGCGGGUCACUCGAGGAGUGUCAGUCUGCAGAGUACCAAGACCGCUAGCACAUCGGCCACGACAGCCACGACAGGCACAUCGCCUGCCAAAGCGAGCGACGAGGCUCCAAGAAAAGCAAGGCAGGAGGUGGAGGCCGCCGCGUCGCUGAAGAUAGUAUGCAUCCAACGUGCGGCCCCCGACGAGGCCUCUGGUGCGGAUACAAAUACCCUGGCCGUUUCCCGCGAAGCCUUCCUUCAUCUCUAUGUAGACACCAUGGACGCAGAUCACGGCGCACUAUACUUCAUUGCUCGCGACUACGACGGCUUUCACGAGUACAACGACACGACCAAGGGAAUCGUGACGACCUUCAUCGGCACGGCCGACUACGCGCUGGUGUGGACGUUCAAUCGCCGUAGUUUGGAGACAAGAGGGCUGCUCAUCGACCGCAAACCUCCAGAGCAGCCAAGGGAUCCCGAUCCGGCCCCAGAAUCCACUUCCGGGAAGAAGAAGCAAAGCAAAGCAGGGGCGGUUAUCCCGAGUGAAGCUUGGGUGGGCUUUAGGAACAUGUUGAAGAUGUACCGUGGCUACAUAUUCGCGCCGCCUUUGCUGAGCUUCGUCUCCUGCCUGCACAUGCUCCACUCUUUCGACGACCAGCUCAGCGCAAGCGACCUGCCGCAUGUCAAGGACAUCGAGAGAAAGGUCGGCAACGGGACAACGGAGGCAACGAGGGCCGGGGAAGUGGCGAGGACGACUCAAUCCAAAAGCCAAUCCCUCUCACGGCAGUCGUCCUCCUACGCGACAAGACUAUCCACAGAGCCGAGCUUCACCGACUUCUCACCAGGCACACCGACGCAGCAGCAGAAGCCCUUCAGCAUGGACAGGCUGAUAUCCUGGUCCCAGGCGUCGGGCGAGAUCGCCGACAGCGCGGCGCGCAAGCUGCGGCAGAUCAAGAUGGGCAGGGAGAUCCUGGAGAUGAUCUCGCGGGAGCACGAGACCGUGGUUGCGGACGUGGUGGCGCCCUCCUUCCUGGACCGGUACCACAGGGCGAUGCAGGGCAUGAUCGAGGCGAUCCCCGCGGUCGAGAGGCACAUGGCCUCGCUGGAGGAGACGCUGGUGGACCUCAAGGCGCGCACGGAGAGGCUGAACGGGCUGAUAUCUGCGCUGUUCUCGCGCGAGCAGGCCGGCUCCGAGGGACACCCGAUGGCGUCGUCCUUGGAUUUGGCGUUGACGGGUGGCGGCCGAGAGGAUCCGAGCGUGAACCGGGUGGCUGUGAUGAGUACGACUUUGAUGCCGAUUACAGUCUUUGCCGCUAUCGUGGCCAUCGCUCUCAUCAGAUGGUCUGUAGUUGUGCCUUGUAUGAUUUUCUUCUUUAUGGGCUGGUCAAUGGUUACGCAACGGGAAUGGGUAAAAGAAGCGUCGAGGCAUUCCCAUGAGGAGGAUGAACGCCCAUCGAGGCCCGGGAUCAUAGGUCAGGUGUCGGAGAAAAUGCUACAGUCCUGA